AUGAGCCGUCGUUAUUUGGUUUUAAACUUUAAUUCAGUUUCUAAUAUAGCUUCAUGUUAUAAAAAAGAAGAUUUCCAACUGAUUCGGGUGAAAAUUGAUUCAAACGAUGCGGGAUUCUCACGACGACCACUCCCAGGAAAAUUCCUAGUCUUCGAUAUGAAAUAUUCAAAAUUGGAAAAUGGAAUUUAUACGAAUCCUUAUAUCAAGGUUGAGGACCCAAUGCCCGAAGAUUGUAUUUCUACAGAAGCAGAUGGAACAUUCAAAAUUUCAUCUUAUAUUGCAUUCAGUCCCGAUUCGAGACAUAAAACAUUUGAAAGAAAACUGGCAUUUGCUGAUUGGUAUGGGUUCGUCGAUUCAUCAGAAGUGAAAACGAAUCAAAAAAUGAACGCAUUCAGAAGUUUCAUUGUUGUGAAGGAUUUGGACUAUGAACAAAACAAAAGUCAGCUUUUCAAAGUGACAAAAAUCAAAGGACCUAUAGAUCCAUACAAACAGCAAAAAGACUACAACGACUACAUUGAUCUGACUAGGAAGUUGGAAUUGGCAGAAAAUCAACUUCUAGAGGAAAGGGAGAAGCCUCAGAGACCAGCGAGAAAUGUCGAUGGGAAGAAGGCUGCAGAUAAGAAUAGAAACUAUGAUAUGAGAGGAUCCAUCGAUGUUGCUCGUCAUCUUCAAAACGCCCAAAUUUCUACUUCAAACCUCGUAAAUACACCAGUACUUCAACAGAUUGAUAUGAGACCUCCUCUACCAGCUGCUCUUCUUCAACCAACCAACAUGUAUACUGAUCCAUUGCCACAACUGACGCCAUAUUGCUUGAGAGAUCAAGCUCUAAUCGUAAGCCAAGAGAGUGAAGAUGUGUAUAUUGUUUGGCUGACACAGAUAAGAGAAGCUGCUAUCCUACAAACAUCAGAAGUUGGUAUGGUACAUCUCGGAGCUUCUUAUGAGUGCAACUACAGUACCGCAACUAAUUUGAGGGAUGUCAGACACAAGAUUACUAAUAUUGAAAAGAGUUUGCAAUCUCUUCCAUUCCAAAUCAUUCUUCAUGAAGAACUAGCAGUAGCUCGAAUCCUUGUGGAUCUUUGCACUCCAAACACAAAAUGUCACAAGUGGUCGUUCUAUAUGGGAAUCCCAUUUUUCAAUUCUUCCGAUGUCGGAAUAGUCACAAUGGCUGAUAUUAUUGAUACACCAACAAAAACAGGUGUCAAAUGGCAAGAUGCGCUUCGAAUCUAUUUAGGAGAAGACUCUGCCAAAAAUAUGAUUUGUAUUUGUCGAUUGGAGAAACAAAAAUUGCCUCUGAAUCUGGAUGAUCCGUUUCUUAAUGACGACGAUUUUUCGAGUAUCUCUAAAUACUCGUGGCAGGUUUUAGCCAUUUGUUCAACCGAAGAAAGUGAUAGAUUCAAUGAGGAUCAGUUGAGAAAGAAAAAUCUGGGAAAAGACAAAGAAGCAUUAGAAGAGGAUGAUGAUAUUGCAAGAAUAAAGCGAGAAAACAAAAAAGUUAAAUUUGGAGAAAACCAUUUCCGUUAUUUUGCAGUUGAUAGCAGUCCGAGUCAGCCAUCCUCGUCUUCUAACCCAUUUUAUAAUUAA